AUGAGCUCACCGAAGCUACGGAAUUAUAAGCUUGAGCUGCAGCUCCCAGCGACCUGCAAGCAUACUGGAACACAGGAAUUGAACUUCACCAAAACCUUCAAGAAAUUCAAAAGAUCGUUCGAGGUCACCGACCCCAAAGCCACCCUGAACGAGCCCACUGGCCUUGUCACUUCCGACUCCCUCGCUGCCGAAUCUCUCAAGAACGACGGCCAAUUCGCCGCAAACAACCCUCAUGCUGCCGCUUCAAAGCAGCCCUCAGCCUCUACAACCUCAAACACAACUGACACCUCGGGCGCCACCAAGCUCCCUCCCGCCCCCGACGCCGAGGCCCGCGACGCUCAGGAAGGGUGGCAGGAAACCUCCCAGCUCAAUGCCGCCAAAGGCCUAGGUAAAGAAGCCGGCGUAGGCCCUACAUACAACGUAGGUGGCACAUCUGGCGCCGCCAGCGGCCGAUCAGACAACUUCAACCCUGGAGGUGACGCCGCGCCGACUGGUGGGUAUGCUGGUGCGAGUGAGCAGGCGCGCAGUGCGGGGGAGUUGAGGCCGCAUGGUGCGAAUAUUACCGAGGAUCCGAAACUGUCUGGUAAAUCUACUUUUGGUGAAAUCGGUACCAACCAGGAUCCAAGCAGGGCGGCGGAGUUGGAAUUCGCGAAGAGGGAUGCUCUGCCUGGUGGGGCAACGGGGGGUGGGAAGGAUUUGAGCAGUCAAACUGGGGAUAGCAAGUUUAGUGGGUUGAGUGAUGAGAGGGUGUAA